CCCGCCCUACUCUCUUUGCGGCUUUCCCUCCCCUCCAUUUUGAACAUCCCCAGCUACCAGACAAAGGACCAUUCUUUCUCUCUUUUGUUUAACCUAAACACACUUCCUACGCCUUUGUUCUCUAGCUACCACUUUUGUCUCAGAAUAAAUGAAGGGUCGAAACUGAAUCUCUCCACUGUUGAUGAGUUGAUUUGUUUUUGCUCUUUGGGAGAUUUUUUGCCGGUGAAUAUGGGGUUAGACGAUGACAAAAAGAACAAGGAGAAGGAUGGUCCUCAAGAAAGCGACGGUGAAUCCUCUUUCUAUACCACUGAUCAGGACGAUGAUGAAAGCACGCUUCAUUUGGGUCCUCAGCGCACUCUCAAAGAACAGCUUGAAAAAGAUAAGGAUGAUGAGAGCUUAAGGAAGUGGAAAGAACAGAUUCUUGGAGGUGUGGAUAUUAACAACAUUGGAGAAACACUUGAUCCUGAAGUAAAGUUUCUCAUCGUGGCGAUCGUGUCACCGGAGAGGCCAGAGCCAGACAUAGUCCUUUCAAUUCCAGAAGAUGGAAAUCCACAGGGCUUAUGGUUUACACUGAAAGAAGGUAGCCAUUAUCGAUUGAAAUUCUCCUUCCAAGUCGGCAACAACAUCGUAUCUGGUCUCAGGUACACCAAUACUGUAUGGAAAUCAGGUCUCAGGGUUUUCAGCACAAAAGACAUGAUCGGAACUUUUAGUCCUCAACCAGAUCCCUACACGCAUGAAAUGCCAGAAGAGACUGCCCCUUCUGGCUUCAUGGCUAGAGGAUCAUAUACUGCAAAAUCAAAGUUCAUUGAUGAUGAUAACAAGUGCCACUUGGAGAUCAACUAUACAUUCGACAUCCGUAAAGACUGGGGCUAGAAGGAUUAAAGACACAACUCGAUGAUGAUCGAUGUUCUUAUGCCGUUAUAUUUUUCAGCUAUUGAUUUUAAACAUGUCUCCCUUGAAGACAAUUUUUGUUUUUAACUGCUAGUUUCCCUAUUAUCUUAACCAUCUCCUUUAUUGUUGUUUGAGACAAUUCUA